UCGACAGAACGUAAACGCAGCACCCCGAUCAGGCAGACAGAUGUCGUCAACUCUCCACCGUCGGAUUCGCGGGAGGAGGGAUCUAAAUCUGAACUCCUGGAUCUAAAUGACGCUGACUACCGAAGUGGAUAUUUCCUUUACCAAAGAUGUACAGAAAUCAAGGCAGCAGGUCCAACAGACGUAACUUUCUGUCACACUUUGGCGGUGCCUGCUCUCUCUCAGACGCACAGUAACGAGGAGCUAUUUGAGAGCGAAGUUUUUUUCCCCUUUCUCUUCUCCUGGAGAAGAAGGAGUUCUCGGUCGGUCCGUUUGGAGUAAACUCCAUCCAUGCUCGGCUUGGCGAGGAGAGGAUCCACGGGGAUUUGUUCAUCCCGGGUCGACUAAGAGCAGCUAGGAGACGUGAAGUGAGAGUCAGACGGAGUAAAAAGUCCUACGGUGGAUUUGAGCCGAAGUUAUGAAAAUGACCGGCGCUAUGGAAACUUCCUUUAAGCAGGCUUUGAAGAAGCCGCCCUCGCUGCGGACGGCGGAGGACCUGCAUACCAUCUACUGCCACCUCUACCACAUGGAUGUUCUCUCACACCUUAGAGAACACCAGCUAAGGUCGAUGUGCACGUCUGCCAGGUAUGAAAAACAUGAGGCUAACCACGUCCUGUUCUACCCAGACACCAUUGCUACCUGUUGGUACAUCCUGCUCUCAGGAUCAGUCUUCGUCAAGGAGCACAUGUACCUGGCAAGGUGCUGGCACAACCUGUCUCUCUGCCCUGCGCGCACCCACCCACACACAGUGAGGAGACAGGCUUGGCAGGCUUUGUGUAGCGCUGACAGGGACCAGGCGUCUCGCCUCAGUGGAGUGUGGAGAGAUCCUGUCAGAGUCAGACUGACCUCCAGGCUAAGGGCUCUGAACAAACUCCCUGCCCAGCUGACUGCAUUCCUCAUUGGGAACAAUUGAGUUUAUGCUCUGCCGGGAGCGACUGUAUAGAUAGUCUAUGAUUUUGAUCAUUUCUGUUUGUUUGCUUAUUCCCUUGUGCGUGUCAGUUUUUGUUUUUAUAAGAAAAUCAGUUCAGAACAUCUAAAGAAACAAUACAGACUUGCAGAUGUGAAAAAAAAGAACAGUCUGUGGUGUGAAACAAUUUGGGGAAUGUAAACUGGACCCAGUGGUCAGGCCCAUGUGUUGCGUGGCAUUGAUGGACGAGGGCAAACACUCUGCAGCUGUAGAAAUGCUUUCUGCAGCAGAUUUGUGCCGCUUACCUGCAGGGAUGCACGAAACGGCUCAAAAUCACGAGAGAUGAACAAGAAAGUUUUCUAUUAUUAAUUGAUCCAAAUCCAGUAAACAAAGAUGCAACGUGCACCUUUUCAAGGCAUGCUUUGAACUUUAAAGCCCUUCUCCAACUGUCAGCGCUAUAUAAAUGGUAUUAAAAUGAGAA